UUCACCGACCAGAGGCGGUUCAAGGAGCUCUGCGGACUGUCUUAAAGAAAGAAAAACAUGUCGUACGCCAAGUUGGUGUCUGCUCUCGUCCGGGGGAACUCGGGCAAACUGCGGAUCUGCAGCGGAAGAUGUCGAUCGACGGCGGCCUCCACGAAGAGGAGCCUGGAGGAGAAGGAGCCGGGUGUCGGCGCUGUGGUGGAGGAGAAGGAGCCGGGGGUCGGCGCUGUGGUGGAGGCUCAGCCCCUGGAGCUCAUCCAUCAGACCCGGAGCUCCAAGGACACUCCGCUCAGCAGGGUCCACAUCGACUUCGACAACACCAAGGAAGCGUACGAGAGCAAGGGCAACGCCGAGCUGAUCCGGAGUCUGGUGGUGUUCAAGCUCUGCACCGUGGACGUGCUGGUGGAGAAGAACAAAGAGUUGAUCGAUCUGAGCAGGAAGGUGCUGGGUCAGUGGCUGUUUGAGAAAGUGAUGAAGAUGACCUUCUAUGGCCAGUUUGUGGCAGGGGAGGACCAGGAGUCCAUCAAACCUCUAAUCAAGAAGAACCAGGCCUUCGGGGUGGGGGCUGUUCUGGACUACAGUGUCGAGGAAGACCUGACCCAGGAGGAGGCCGUCAAGAAGGAAAUGGAUGCAUGUGUUUCUGAAGCAGAGAAAGAAAGUCCAGGGGCUGCUCAUCGUGAGAAGAAAUAUAAAGCUCAUCGACAGUUCGGUGACAGGCGGGGGGGUGUCAUCAGUGCUCGUACCUAUUUCUACGCGGAUGAGGCCAAGUGUGACAACCAGAUGGAGACUUUCAUCAAAUGCAUUAAAGCCUCCGGUGGAGCCUCUGUAGAUGGAUUUUCUGCCAUCAAACUAACCGCUCUGGGACGUCCACAGUUCCUUCUCCAGUUCUCUGAAGUCCUGGUCCAAUGGAGAAACUUCUUCAGCUUCCUCGCCGCUCAACAGGGAAAAUCUGAAAUGAUGCUUUUGGAACAAAAGCUGGAGCUGGACCAACUCAAGGCAAAUUUGACUCAGAUGGGUGUUGGAGCCAAGGAUGACAUAGAGAACUGGUUUACUGGAGAGAAGCUGGGUUUGUCAGGAACGAUUGAUCUGCUUGACUGGAACAGUUUAAUAAAUGACACCACUAAGAUCUCCAAUCUGCUCAUGGUGCCAAAUAUUGAGACAGGCCAGCUGGAGCCGUUGUUGAAGACGUUCACAGACAGGGAAGAGAGACAGAUGAAGAGAAUGCUGCAGAGGGUGGACAUUCUGGCCAAGCAUGCUGUGGAGAACGGGGUGAGGCUGAUGGUAGACGCCGAGCAGACGUACUUCCAGCCGGCUAUUAGUCGACUGACCCUGGAGAUGCAGAGGAGAUUCAACAAAGAAAAGCCAAUCAUUUUCAACACGUACCAGUGUUACCUCAAGGAUGCCUAUGACAAUGUGACUGUGGAUGUGGAGCUGUCACGGAGGGAGGGCUGGUACUUCGGUGCCAAGCUGGUGCGUGGAGCCUACAUGUACCAAGAGAGAGCCAGGGCCGAGGAGAUCGGAUACGAGGACCCAAUCAACCCGGACUAUGAGGCCACCAACAGGAUGUAUCAGAAGUGUUUGGAAUACUUGCUGGAGGAGAUCGAGCACAACAGGAAGGCAAACGUCAUGGUGGCAACGCACAACGAGGAAACGGUGAAAUUCACCCUCCAGAAAAUGAAUGAGAUGGGCCUUUCACCCACUGAGAAUAAAGUUUACUUUGGACAGCUGCUGGGGAUGUGUGACCAGAUCAGCUUCCCACUAGGUCAGGCAGGUUUCCCAGUCUACAAGUAUGUUCCAUACGGCCCAGUCAAUGAGGUCAUUCCCUAUCUGUCCCGCCGCGCCCAGGAGAACCGCGGCUUCAUGAAGGGAUCACAGAGGGAGCGCAGCCUGCUGUGGAAGGAGCUGAAACGCAGGCUGCUGUGUGGCCAGAUUUUCUACAAGCCUGUCUACUGAGCUACAGCACCGCAACAUGCUAACAGGGGUACAUCUCUGUAAACAUUCCAGCGUCUGAACUGAGCUGACCCACCACCUGAUAGCUGCUCUGAGUAGAGGAAGACUAGUGUCCCUCCUGUGCUUGUUAGGGUUCGAGGUAUUGAAGAAUGUUUUUUUGCCUGUGAUGGGAUUUAUUUUAGGAUAUUUAAUAACCAAAGUGUUAAAAACACUGCUGAUCCUUUAAGAAGUGGUUGAUAUUUCAGCACCAGUUUAUUUAAGUUAACCCGGCAACUGUGAUCCUCAUAUUCAAUCUGCAAAAGCAUAAAAACCUGCUUUUGUUAAUGGACCUUUGUAAACAUUUAUCCUCAUAACAAGGAAUUAUUCAGUAGAUGUUAAGAAAAUGAUAUUGUAUGUCUACCAGAUGUGGCCUAUUUGUAUAUAUUUAUAAGUGCCUUGAUGAUGAAAGACACUUUGUAUUUUAUGUUCAUUUUAUUUGUCAUAGUUGUCACUCAAAGUGCCUUAUGAUGGUUGUCAUGAGAUUUACUGAAAGCAAUCAGCUGCUGUACAACUUGUCGUCACUGUACACUCCUCCAGCAGGAUUGUAAAUUAUAUUAGCAUGUUUAUUGUUGGUAUUAUAUGUAAAUGUGUUAACAUUUGACGAUUACUGUAAACCACAGGGGUUUUAAUGAUAUAAAAACCAGUUGAAUGUAUCUUCAUGUCUUGUUUUAAGUCCUAACAGCAUAUCAACAAGAAGAAAAGCUGUUUUUCUCACGUGACGUUUAUUGAUGCAAAGAAUGUAAACUGUGGAGUUUUGCAUAAAAGUCAACCAUCCCUUCUCUC